GCCAAGAUGCCUCAGACACUCAAGCUAGCCAACAGAGCAUCUUGGGUGGCACGAUGCUUUCCCGAGAUCUGGGCAGAAUCUCCUGUCCUCAAGGAGAGGGUUAUUAAAACCCAUAAGACCCUGGAAGAGAUGCCAGGACCCUCCGCCCUCAGUUUCUUCACUGACCUUUUCUGCAAAAAGGGGCUAUCAAGAUUGCAUGAACUCCAGAUUGAAGGCAAAGCCAAGUAUGGCCCAGUGUGGAAGGCCAGCUUUGGGCCCAUCCUCACCGUCCACGUUGCAGAUCCCAGCCUGAUUGAGCAGGUGCUGAGGCAGGAAGGCAAACAGCCCAUCCGCUCCGAGCUCUCCUCCUGGAAGGAUUAUCGGGUGUGCCGGGGCCAUGCCUACGGGCUGCUGACUGCAGAAGGCGAGGAGUGGCAGCAAAUCCGCAGCAUCCUAGGAAAGCACAUGUUGAAGCCCAAGGAGGUGGAGUCCUACACUGGCACCCUGAAUGACGUGGUGGGGGAUCUGGUCCGCAAGCUGCAGCACCAGCGGAACCUCCACGAGCAGCACGUGGUCAAGGACGUGGCCGACGAGUUCUACAAGUUCGGAUUGGAAGGCAUCUCUUCAGUCCUCUUUGAAUCCCGCAUUGGUUGCCUGGAGCCCCAAGUCCCAAAGGAAACGGAAGCCUUCAUUAACUCCAUCAAUUCCAUGUUCUCCAUGACGCUGCUCACGAUGGCAAUGCCCAAGUUCCUGCACCAAAUCUUUCCUAAGCCAUGGCAGAAGUUCUGUGAAUCCUGGGACUAUAUGUUUGCGUUUGCCAAAGGACACAUUGACAAGCGGAUGGCGGAGGUUUCCGAAAGAGUCUCACGGGGGGAGAAGGUGGAAGGGAAAUACCUCACUUACUACCUGGCGCAGGAGAAACUGUCCAUGAAAUCCAUCUAUGGGAAUGUGACGGAGCUCUUGCUGGCCGGCGUGGACACGAUCUCAAGCACCUUGUCCUGGAGCCUGUAUGAGUUGUCCCGUCACCCGCAGGUGCAAGCGGCCCUCCACAAGGAGAUUACGGGCGUGAUGAAGGACAACCUCAUCCCAACCGCAGCUGACGUGGCUCAGAUGCCUCUGCUGAAGGCCGUGGUGAAGGAGGCACUAAGAUUGUACCCAGUGAUUCCUGGUAACGCACGUGUCAUCUCAGACAGGGACAUCCAUGUGGGAGACUACCUCAUCCCCAAAAAGACCCUAAUCACCCUCUGCCAUUACGCCACCUCGCGCGAUGAGAAGUACUUCUCCAACCCCAACUCGUUCCAGCCGGAGCGGUGGCUGCACAAAGACGGGGCGCAUCACCCGUACGCCUCUAUCCCCUUUGGCUUCGGCAAGCGCAGCUGCAUCGGCCGACGCAUCGCAGAGCUUGAAGUGUACCUGGCUCUGGCUAGGAUCCUGAUGCAUUUUGAAGUGAAGCCAGAACAAGAAGGGGACACUGUGAGACCCAUGACACGCACCCUGUUGGUACCCGAGAAGGAGAUCAAUCUGCAAUUUCUGAGCCGGUAA